AAGGUAUCCGGAGCGAGCUGCGACAAGAACGUCGAGCUUGAUUCUUGCAAGCUUGCAUUCUUCCGGUGGGCGCCAGCCAUUGCGCUAUCUAGUAGUCUUGCCUCUUCGUCCUAUUAGCUUGUAUUUGGAGUUGCUGGGUGGUGCAGGCCCCUGGCGUUUUGCAGGUCACGAGAUGAAGGUAAAGCGGCAAAAGCAGGUCCGGAAGACCAUUCGCUUUUACAAGGUUUGCUUUGGUUUCAAGGAGCCCUACAAGGUGCUGCUGGACGGCAAUUUCAUACACCAGAGCGUCCACUCGCAGGCCGCUGGUCAAGGCGCCAUCCGGGACGUUCUGCACAAGUUCUUCAGCGGCGCCACCAAGCCGAUGGUCACUCGCUGCAUCAGCGCUGAGCUCAGAGCGCUGGGCCCAGAGUUUGCGAAAAGCUCUAGCGCGGCUCGUACGCUCGACAUGGCACGAUGCAUCCACGAGACGCCCGUCCCUGCGUCCGAGUGCGUCCUCUCCAUGGUUGGACAGGACAACCACGAGCACUUCUUCGUGGCGUCGCAAGACGCAGAGCUUCGAAAACGGCUCAGAACAGUUCCCGGGACAGCCCUUCUCUUCCUGUCAACGGCGGGCCUAAUUCUAGAACCCCCGUCCGAGACGCAGCAAAAAGUAGCGAAGCUGAGCGAGGCAGAGAGGCUGCACCUGAACGAACGGGAGCAGAGGGCGGCCCUUCGACAACUAGAAGCGGCGCAGGCUGCGGUGCCAGCGCCAGUAGAAAGUCCGGCUGCGGAGGCGCCCCAGUCGGAACACCCCGAGGCCCGCGGACAAGAAGCGGCGCCCGGGCCAAGGAAGCGCAAGCGGCCAAAGGGCCCGAACCCCUUGUCGAUGAAGAAGAAGAAGGCGGAAGAUGGAAAAGGGGGAUCGAAACAGAUUUCGCAGUCAGGCGGAGCCGAAGGCCGACCAAAGAAGCGGAGUAGACAGAGGCGAAAGAAAAACGCCACGGAUACCUGACGAAACGUCUUUUGCAGUGUGACCAAUAAGGUUCUAGCUUAUGCAAGAUUGUCACAGAGGCCACGAGCUUGGUGUCAAGCUUCCGAGGAUUCAAGAAUUGCAAUAUGCAUUUGGAUUAACACUGUGCGGAAGCUUCUGCCAAGAAUAGCAGAUUGUUAAUCAAGUCAUCCGUUGUCCCAGAUACUGCAUGGGCAACCAUGCAACAUUUGUAUCUCGGAGGUGGUCCUUUGGCGUUACUGACUUUCAAAGCUGCUUGUAAGCGAGAUGCACAUUACAUCGUCGUUAAAUUGCAAUUAUGAUAUCGAAAGAUCUGCCAGAUUGCGGCCGC